AUGCGCUUUGCUACCCUUGUCGCUCUCUCUCUCGUAGCUUCGACCGUCCCGAGUCUUGCAGCGCCUACUUCAUAUCCUCCCCGCCGAGGCACUUCCAAACGUGAGACGGCUUUAAGGAAUGGCGAAUUUGUGCCUCCCCGCAUCGGGACAGUGGUCCUGCCAGGAGAAACCCUGUCUCUAGGUUCCAAACGUGACACCACCUCCGAUGUCAUUCAAGCCAUUGAAGCAGCAUUCAAUGAGUUGCCCUCCGCAAGGAAGCGCGAUAUCACUGCAGAAAUCACUGCCGCGCUCCAGGCCCUCCUGCAAGAAGGGAGCUCUGCGUUGAGCGAUUUUAACGUCAAACGUCAAGCGGACUCCAUCCUUCCAGUCGAAGAGCGCAGCCUCAUUUCUCCCACUACCUCAAGCUGGCUCAAAGAUAUCGGGAGUAUCAUUAGCCUGGGAGCAGGCGCUAAUGCCAUUGUGAAUGCCUUUGAUGGUAGCAACAGCACUAGGCGGGACUUGGAUCAAACUUUCGACGGAGUUGAUGUCGGCGAAGCUUUGGGUGGAGCAGUACCUCAGUUUGAAGACCGUAGCAUCACGAUCCCCUCAGACAUCACUGCCGCGCUCCAGGCCCUCCUGCAAGACGGUAGCUCUGUGUUGAGUGAUAUUAACGUCAAACGUCAAGCAUACUCCAUCCUUCCCGUCGAAGAGCGCAGCCCCAUUUCCAUUUCUCCCACUGCCUCAAGCUGGCUCAAAGAUAUCGGGAGUAUCAUUAGCUUGGGAGCAGGUGCUAAUGCCAUUGUGAAUGCGUUUGAUGGCAGCAACAGCACUAGGCGGGACUUGAGUCAAACUUCCGACGGAGUUGAUGUCGGCGAAGCUUUGGGUGGAGCAGUACCUCGGUUUGAAGACCGCAGCUUCACGAUCCCCUCAAGUGUCUCGAGCGUAUUGGGGAAGGUGGCAGGGAUUGUUAGUACGGGAGGUACUAUUGCGACGGUCCUGUCUUCCCUUAAUGAUGGGAGCAGCAACACUAUGAAGCGUGAGCUUGACAUGGGCUUUGAACAUGUUAACGACCAGAAACGCGCCUCCCCCUCUGAUAUCGAAAGUAUCCUCCAGCAGAUCAUAACUUCUUUCGAAGGUGCUGCGGACGCAGCAAACAACACCUCUACCCUUCCUUCUACCAAGCGGUCUACGAGCGAUAGCGGCUUUCUUGGCCUUACAGAUAUCAUUACCCCAGAGCAACUUGACGAGCUUAGUUGA